CCAAACAUGAAGUCUCAUCAGUUGUAAAGCAAACAUAUGAGCUUUUGGAUCCAGAAUACGAUCCAGACAUAAAGAAGGUGACAACUCUAACAACAGUAGUGUCUCAGCCUCUCGGCUCUCAUCGUUUUGAGCGAUUCUCAUGUUGGAGAGCAGUUGUUAGAACAGUUGGAGGAUCGAUUCACAUCACUCAGUGCUUCCAAAAGAGACGAGAUGACCUUUCAAUGGAGUGUAAAGGCUGGCAUUUGUGCUCACCACACUUUUCAGUGGACAUUCUCAAAGACAGUACUACAAUAAUUCUCAGAUCUGUUCAGCAGGAAGUCUUUGGAGGAGAGCUGGAAUUGAUUGCUGCUAAUCAACGCAUUCCAAAGAGCAGCCCGUUGUGGUCGUUGGAUCCAUUCAUUGACGGCAAAGGAGUUCUAAGGGUCGGAGGUCGUCUUCAGGAAGCGAACUUAGGAUCUGCAGAGAAAAGACCGGUAAUUCUACCUGGACGUCAUCAUGUCACCACCCUGAUAGUUCGUCACUACCAUGUAGGAGCUCAACAUCAAGGGAGGCACUUCACGGAAGGAGCUAUCAGAUCUGCAGGCUUUUGGAUCCUGGGUGGCAAACGAUGCGUGAGUAAACUCAUCUUUGAAUGUGUCACAUGCAAAAGGCUCAGAGGAAAGUGUGAAGUUCAAAAGAUGGCAGAUCUCCCGGCUGACAGACUCAGCACGGAACCACCGUUCUCUAAUAUCGGCCUAGAUGUUUUUGGUCCAUGGUCUGUAUCUGCCCGACGGACAAGAGGAGGUCAUGCAGAGAGCAAGAGGUGGGCUAUUUUGUUCACACGUUUAAGUGUCAGAGCUAUCCAUAUCAAGGUCAUUGAAUCCUUGGAUACCUCCAGUUUCAUAAACGGAUUGAGAAGAUUCCUGGCCGUCCGAGGACCAGUGAAGCACAUCCGCUCUGACAGGGGAACUAACUUUAUCGGGGCUUCAAAAGUCCUAGGAAUUCCUUCAAAUAUUGAUGAAACAUCUGUGAAGAGAUUUCUUUCAGAUCACGACUGCACUUGGACCUUCAACAGCCCUCAUUCUUCUCACACGGGCGGAGUGUGGGAACGGAUGAUUGGUGUCACACGCCGCAUUUUGGAUUCAAUGUUCCUUCAGAUGGGAACUUCCAAACUCACACACAAGGUGCUCGUGACCUUCAUGGCAGAGGUCGCAGCUAUCGUCAACAACAGACUGUUGAUUCCUGUUUCCUACGAUCCUAUGGAUCCAUUCAUCCUUACACCUGCCACUUUGUUGACGCAGAAAGUGGGACCUUGUCCAGCUCCUGUGAGAGACUUGGAGGACAAGGACUUGUCCCGACAGCAAUGGCGCAGAGUGCAAAGUCUGUCUGACACCUUCUGGGACAGAUGGCGCAAGCAGUAUUUAUCUACUCUGCAACCUCGCAAGAAGUGGACAUCUGAGCACAGAAGUUUGAAACCAGGAGAUGUUGUGCUCCUAAGAGACAAUGCGGUGAAACGUAAUGUCUGGCCUAUGGGCAUCAUUACUGAGGUGUUCCCCAGUAAAGAUGGACUUGUUCGGAAAGUUCAAAUUAAAGUACCGAAAGUAGACUGUGUUAAGCUGUUCUUAAGACCUGCAUGUGAUGUGGUUUUGCUUAUUGCUUCACAAGUGUAAAGGUUGUUGAUUUUGUGUUAUGUGAAAUUUCGUAGUUUCAGACGGGGAGUGUGAUGUUAUGUCAGUUGACAUUCUACAGGUUAUAAGAUUUAAGCGUUCAAUGUCGCCAUCUAGUGGUGAAAUUUAUGUACAUCACUCUAAGAGUCGGGCGUUAAUGACGUCAUUAGAGAGCAGACAAGUCAGGACAAUGCAACGCAUGGUUUUCCGGUAACACGGCUACUCCUAUACAGUUGGUCCUAGAAAGCACUGUCGGCACGUAUAAGAGUUAUGUUAAUAUUCGUUAUUUAAGCAUAAGUUAAUCAUUUGUAAAUGCAAUACCGCUUUGUGAGAACUUACGGCUUUGAGCUAAUACUUUCGUUGUAGCGACCGAGUAUACUUGUGGGUGCUGUAUUAACUGCUACUGUGUAUUAUUCAAAGUUUGUAUGUUUAUUUCAUAGUUUUACACCUACUCCAUCUGGCUUCAUUAAAGACUCAACGCAAGCGCUCUAGUCUGUGUGAUCCUUUGGAGAGGAGUUUAGCUGAGUGUCGACUCCGGCAAGGCGUUGGAGAGGUCACAGCAGGAAAAGCCAGGCAUCCAAAGAACAAGGAGUGAACUAUUUGGUUAGAACAAUAAAGCAUCUUUUUCAGCCCUUGUCUGUCUAAAAUCUUUUUGCUUUGGAAAAGGUGCCCUAAAAAUCUCAAGAGUUAUUCACAAACUCGCAGGCAGAAGUAGCAAUUUGUUUCCUCUUUUUUCUUUUUGGCUGCACAGACUAAAACUGCGCGUCAACCAGUGAGGAUGCUGAAGGAAGAAACAUAAAACGGCUCAGGAGUGAAGAGGCGCAGCUUAUCUUCCCCAAAUAGUCGCACUGGCAAGCA